AUGCAACACGAACUAGAAACCGAAAACAUGGUUAUGAUGAAUAAUCCUGAUAUGAGACCACUGACACAAGUUACAAAUCCUCAAUUAGAACGAUAUCGCACAAUUCUCCUCAUUAUGCUUGGUAUUUGUCUUGGUUUUUGGUUGGCCAUUGCAUUUGUUGAAAUCGUAGACUAUACAGUAGAUUUACAAACAAAUACAAGAAUUGUUGGUUCUAUUGCGGCAAUUGCUUUCUAUGCCUUUGGAUUAUUCGUCAGCUGUAAAUAUUCGAAAAAAGGCUUACGCAUGGUAUGUAAUCUUAUUUGA